AGUGCGGCUGGCUGGUGCUAGGAAUCGCAGAAGAAGAGCACCCACAGCAGCUAACUAAAACGGUCCUACCUUAACGGCAGGGAUGUUACAGGUCACUUUGUUGUCAGUAACAAUUUAACAACCAACCAUACUUCCCUGCUGAGCUGUACCAGGCUGCUGCCAGAUCCAGUGUAACUAACUAUGGAAGUACUUUGAUAAAGGAAAUGCAGAUGGACCGACUGAAAAGGCCGUGAUUACAUGCGGAUCUCUGGACCAGCAGCGUCAGCAAUGUCUGCAAUCCCCCUUCUGCGAUGCACCAUCAGGCUGCAGUGGAAGCAUUUUGCCACACAUGCUGUGCAACAGAGAGCUCUGUCAGGGGCAGAGGCUGUAAAUGCUCUCAGGCCCUUUUAUUUUGCAGUCCACCCAGACUUCUUCGGUAAAUAUCCUAAAGAACGGGAGGUGAAUGAAAACUCGCUAAAGAGGCUGAAUGGCUAUCUGGAGAACUUGCAGAAGCCCGGCUCACGUUCAGUUCAACCCAUGAAGCUCACCUUUUAUAUAAGGAACACAAAGUACAGCAGUAAGGUGCAGCCAGAACUCAUCAGCUCAGGCUUCCGCUCCGUAAGUUUUACUUUGCACACAAAUGAUGUUUUGAGCACAGUGAUGGAUGUUUUGACGAGCUGCAGCCUGCCUGUGGAGCACAUGAAGGGACUAACGGCGAGUAAAGCAGCAAGUAAAAGUCCCACUGAGACGGGGGAGCCUUUCUACAGAACCAUCAAAUGGGAUAAAAGCUAUUACACCUUCACUGGCUUCAAAGACCCCGAGCAGGAGCUGCAGCAGGCCCAGAGAGCCGAGCCUACGCUCAGGUAGUGCUUGCCUCAUCUCAACUGUAGGAAAGCGUUCAAACCUUCUGAACUCAAACACUGCUGUGAUCAGUCACGGAGACACAGUGCUGUGUUUGCUGUGGAUUUUAUUUCUGUUCAAUGGCAGCGCAGCUGGGGAGUCUCCCACAGGUACUGUCAGCUUCAAAGUCUGAGCCGCCUGUCUCACCAGAACCCCGAGGCUCUGAUCAACCUGCAAGGACAUACGGUUGUGUUCGCCGACCAGUCGGGGAUGAACGCCUCUGGACACGUCAUGCUGGGAACCAUGGAUGUUCACCAUCAGUGGACUAAACUUUUCGAGCAGCUGCCCGGUUAUCGCAGCCUGCAGCAACAGACACACUGGCUGAAGGAGAGGAUCAGCCUCCUCCUGGGUGGAACCCAAGUGGUGCACAUGGACAGACUGGGACCAGUUCAGCCCAUAGCUGAGCACUACAGCUCCCUAAACACCUUCCACAAGCGUCUAAUGUCCCACCACCUCCGUCUGCACCCCAGGAGUCUGCAGGGCCUCACCAUGUUGCUGGAAAAUGACCGCUCCAGCCCCAGUCUUCACGAGAUGGGACACUUCAUUAUUCCCAUCAAAUGUGAUCUUCCUGCACUACAGGUCUUCCUUCAGAACCACGCCCCUGAAGCCCGACGGCGCAUCCAGCGCAAAAACCAACUGCAGGCGGAGGAGGAGGCUGUGGUGAAGCUGUGUCUGGAGACUCUGUCUCUGAGGAGCUUGUCUAAGGAGCCCAGCGUCAGCCCUGCCCAGAUGAUCCAAUGCUGUGAGAGACUGUUGGAGCAGCGCUCCCCCCACAUGCAAGGCCUCCAGAUCUGUGUUUCUCACUUCUACUCUGUCAUGCAAGAUGGAGACCUGUGUGUCCCCUGGGACUGGAAGAGCUGACCUCCACAUUUACACAUUUUUGUCAGUCCAUGUGUGACAACUACUUUUAGACAUUGAUGCUGUUCAGCAGAAAAUAAGCACAUGUACAGGACAUCACACAGACGUUUUUCUGCAAAUGCUUUCUCAAGGAAAUGUUUAGAGAACUUUAAGAGCACAAGUGAAGGAAACCUGCACAGCCUGCAGUGUUCACCGGGCUGCUCUUCAAAGUGAUGUGAGACAAACGUACGACUUGUAGUGUAGACGUGGCUUAAAGCAGAGUUUUCAAAGUUGUAACUAUUUAUUGCAAUGAGUAUGAAAAGUGAUUUUUCACUUUGUAGAAAUGUAAAGUCAGUUUCACAGGAGUCCAAUAAAAACCUCUGUAUGUGCUGC